AUGCAACACUACCUUGUGCUUACUAUCUUAAUCAUUUGCUAUGUCUCUGUAAAUUCGCAAACCGAUCACACUUCAACUACAACAGCUACUACAGGUUCUGUUACCGUUCAUACUACCGUUGUUGAACACACAACAGUUGUACCGGUUGUGGUUGCUGUCGAAAAAGAAGCAACUGUUCAAACUACAGUAACAACUACUACUGUCGUUCCAUUCUCAACAACAACCGGCAACAGAUUUACAUCUAUAAAUCGAGCACUUGUGACAUCAUGGCCUGAGCCACCACCACAUCCUCUUGGUUAUUGUAUUCGUGGUCGCUUGCGUUGCUCGAAAAUCCGUCGUUGCUGCACAGGACCAUGUAAUUUCAAUACAAUGAAAUGUCCAUCACCAUAG